AGAGUGGGCGCUGACCGUCGGCUGUGGCAGCGUUACGUACUGCUGAUGGCGCGUGCGGCUCUGCUGUGUCUGCUGCUGGUUGCGGCUUCGCUGCCCUCCUCACAAGGACUCAUCUGUUACUCGUGCGUGUACUCCGCGGGAGACAAAAGCAAGGCGUGUGUGGACAGCCCAGACAUGGUCACGUCAGGCAGUCCCAAGGUCACCUGCAAGACCGAGCAGAAGUACUGCACCAUCCAGCGGCAGGAGAUCCGCUCCACCGGUGAAGUGAACUCGUUCUUCCGCGGCUGCGCGGAGGAGCCCAGCUUGAAGGACACGGUAGUAGAGGACGACUCGUUCAAGACGUACUUCCGCUCCUGCCAGACCAACCUGUGCAACGCCGGGGACGGCCUCAGCUCACUCGGCGGCGGCGGCGCUAUUCGCGACCCGGGUGCGCAGGGCUCGCUCAUCGUGCCCGGCAUAGGCAGCGGCGCAGGCGCAGUCGCGCCGGCCUACGGCCGCUGUGUGGCGUUGCUGGCGGCGGUAAUGGCGGCGGCCGCCGGCCGGGCACUCGCCGCCUAGCCUGAAGGGCCGGAAGUCGGUCUUGCCGCCUAGCGCGGGCAGCUGCAGCAGCGCCACGAAGCGAGCGCUGGCGGCGGCUGUGGCUGGACACCACCUCGCCGACUAACGAAAGUAGGCACAUGCGGUGUUGCCAGAUCAUUGACGCUGAGUUCGAUUUCAUCGUCGAUAUCGAAACAUCGAUAACUAAUAACAAACUCUGUUUUUAAUAUUAAUGUAAAAUGACGAACAUACAGAAUGGCUUAAAGAGCAACAUGACAAUACGUGUAAAUAUUACAUUCAUUAAUCUACAAAUACAGCAAAAAUUAACGUUACAUAUCCCACAAGUUAUUGUCUACAAACUGUAAUGCUUUUUGUUACCUGUUGGUUAUACCAGUGAUAACCAAGAUGCAAACUGAUUCUUACCGGUCAUUCUACAUUUAACAUACCACAGAAUCCCCCCCCCUCCCUUUAUUGUAGUGAACUUCGCAAAAAAGAAAGUGUUAUAAAAUUGAAAGAAAAUAAAGUGUUAACAACUGCUGAGAUCGCUCGGCUGUAAAUACGACUUUUGUACACUAGUGUAUCAUUUUGUAAUGAUAUUUAACAUUGGCAUAGCAGGUGUAAAAAUAAAAGAGUUUCAAAGUAACAAACGGAAGAAGUAAAAUUAUUUGAGUACUAAUAAAAAGAAACAUCAGAAGAACCUUAAAUGUAAAUAUGUUGCUUUCCUUAAUAUAAAUACUUAUAUUUGUUAGUUAUUAUUGUAGUUCAAAUGUAACUCUACAUUAUUAAUGGAAAAUUCAGUUGCAUAAUUCGACGUAUUAUUUUUAGCAAUUUAAAAAGUCAAAAAACAGCUUGGGCUCUCUAGUUGACACCACAGAUGCAUGAACUGGAUAAAAGACGUUAGUUCACACUUACUUACAUCAGUAGUAGAUACUCCUGCCUUUGUUCCUUCAAAAAUAUUGAAAUACAUCUCCCCAAUGACACACCCCAUGUUUGGAAAGUUUUUGCGCUGGAGUUGUCAUGGGACAUGUUCAGAAA